AUGUCCCAAUACAUGUACACCAGUCUCGCCCCUUUACCUCCCGUCUUUUCCCACGUCGAGUCGACCAGGGCAAAGGCGAAGCCCAAAACCACAAAAAACACGUCGUCCGCAUCGCAAAACACACCACCCUCUGCCUCUGCCUCCGCUUCUGCCUCGGCGCCGCCAACACCCACCGCCGCCUCAACACCACCCAUCUCCAAGGCAAACCCCGCGGACUCGUCCCGCCUGCCGCCCGCGAGCAGGUCGAGACACCAGUUUCACCACCACCAACUGCACCACAUCCGCACUUCCUCUUCGUCAUCGGCCUCUCGCUCCUCCCACGAGACAUCGACUUCGACCACCCUCUCGAUCCCGCAGACCGCGUCGCCCACCGACUCGCGCGCGCCCGCUUCUCCGUCGUCACCACCGAAGAAACACAAGCACAAGCACCACCACUCGCUGCAGGAGACACGCGUCGCCGGCGACCACGGCCACGGCCAUACCCUCCGCUCCCGAGCGCCGGCGCGCCUCCGCAAGGAAAGCGGCAGCCUCAGCUCCUACGCGAAGCUGGCCCUUCAACCACCGCCGACCCCUCGCAGUAUCGGAUUGACUCCGUCGGAGCUGAAACAUGUCGCCAUGCUCGACAUGGACAUCUCGGGUCGUCACCUGACUGCCGCCAAGGCCGCAGGCACUCUCCCCUUCUCCCGCACCGACAGCCUGUCCUCGGCCGCGCCGUCGACGGCGUCCAUCUCGGCCCGCACAAUGACCUCGACGGACCCCACGUCAUCCUUCGACGCCGCCCGCCCCUUCGUGCUGAAGAACGGCCGCACUUACCUCUCGGACAACUCUCUCGCCUACCCUCUGCCCGUCGACCUCGCCGAGAUCCACCGCCAGUCGAUGCGCACGUUGAUGCUGAUCCAGGUCUUCGGGUCGCCGCUGUGCUCGCAAACGAGCGGUAGCGUCAAGCCGCCGAGUCGCGUUCUCGAGGUCGCAUGCGGCUCCGGCUUCUGGAGCCAGAUGUGCCAUCGCUACUUCAAGGGCAAGGGCCACACCGACACCGAGUACACGGGUAUGGACAUCGGUCCGAUGGGCGCGACCGCCGGCGACGUGGACCGCGACAUGAAGUGGCGCUUCGUGCAGCACGACAUGCGCCAGACGCCAUGGCCCUUUGCCGACGGCGAGUUCGACCUCGUCAUGGUCAAGGACCUCAGCCUCGUCGUCACGAGUCCGCACUCCAUCCAGGCCACCGUCGAGGAGUACCUCCGCGUCCUCCGCCCCGGCGGCAUCCUCGAGUUCUGGGACAGCGACCACCAGAUCCGCAUGCUCCGGCCCCACGCCGCGCCGCUCUCCCUCGACAGCGAGGAGGGCGCCGCCGCCGUCGCCCUCGGCGCCUACCCCAUCUCCUCCAAAACGCCCCUCAGCGCGCCCCUCAACAACUACCUCGUCGAGUACAACUCGUGGGUCCACCGCGCCCUCGAGUCCCGCAACCUCAGCCCCGUGCCCUGCACCCUCGUCGGCCCCGCGCUCGUGCAGGAGUUCGAGAACGUCAAGGACGUACAGAACCGCCGCCUGGCGAUCCCCCUGUCGGAAGUCCGCUGGGAGCGCGAGGGCGUCGGCGGCGUCGUCACCAAGGACGGCAAGUCGUACAUCGAGACGGGCAAGGGCAAGGCCAAGCCCGACGCGCAGCGCAAGACCCUCACACCGGCGCAGGCCGCCCUCCGCCGCACCGCCAUGAUGACCGUCGUCCAGCAGAUCCAGAGCCUCGAGCCCAUCCUGCGCGAGACCUCGGGCAAGAGCCAGGACGAGUGGGACGCAUGGAUCGGCAAGAUGAUGAACGACCUGACCAGGGAGAACGGCACCAGCUGGGGCGAGUGUCUGGAGGUCGGCGCCUGGUGGGCCACGAGGAGGUAG